GCGCGUGGAUAAAUAUCGAAGAAACGAAACUGCAUUCAUAUAUAUGUAUAUAUAUAUAUAUUUAGUCGCCACUUCAUUAUUUUUGGCUUCAUGGUUUUGAUUUCGUCAUAUCUUUCGAUUAUUUUGAAACUGCUGCUGUAAUUUCCUUCGAUUUCUUCUCCUUUACAUUCAUUCGGUCGUCGGGGAGGAAAAUCGACGUGUUCAAAAACCCUUGGCCGAAACCCAAUUUAUUAGCGGUUUUAAUACGAUUCGUUGAAUAAUUACAACAAUUAAACUGCUGCGGUACGAUCGAUUGAUGGAUGAAGGGAUGGGGAAAGCGGCGGACAUUGAGGAGUGGAUGAAGGAGUUCAUGCCCGAUGUCGCUGCCGAUGCUGCUCCUGCUGCUGGAAUGGGGAGAGGCGCAGUCACAAUGCCACCUUCAAAUUUAAGUAACUCCAACCAGCAGAUUAGGCCGACGAGCUUGGCAGAGAACUAUCCAGUGCCUCCGGCAAUUACAACAAAUAAUAGUCCUGGCAUGUGGCAACAUUCCCAGCGUCCUCUAGAUGGCCCAAAUAAUCCAGUUAGACAAAACAUGACGAGUAACUUGCCUGCCUUAUUCGAAGAAUUCUCUCAGAGUCAGGCUUCACGCAACAUGAUCUCAAAACUACACCAGCAGCAACAAUUGCAAAAUCAAGUAUUGGGGCAAGUAGCUGAGAGGCCUAACAUGUAUCAGUUUCGGGUUCCAUCCAAUCCCUAUGCAAAUAAUCUUAGGCAACACCCCCAGCAGCAGACAUCUGUUGGAGGUUAUGCAACUCCUCAUAUCAAUGCUGUUCAACAGACUGACCAAACAACACUGCAGAAAUGCUUGGAGCAAAGAGGGUACAUAGCGGAAUCCAUGCAUCCAAGAAUACCGAUGCCUGCUUUUCAUCAGUCUCAGAAUCUUGCACUGAUCAAUCAAAUGAAAGCGGGAAAUCAGUCACAAACUAUGCAUCUUGGACAGUCACAAGCUGUAUCAGAAACCAAUUCGCCAGCUGACUUGGCAAAUCUGGAUUGGAUUAAUCAAGCAUUUCAGAAGCUUCUGCAGAUUAAGGACACAUAUUUGCCUGAUGUGAUCAUGCUGUACAAGAAGUCGAGAGAAGAGAGACCCCGGGCUACUGCUGCAGAAAUCAGUAGAUAUGAAAAGACGAAAAAUUUUGCUGAGAAGCUGUACAAGUUUAUGAAUCUGUCAAAAAAUGAACUCUUAAACUACCGAAAAGAUAAGGUGUUCCAAAUGCUGGACGAUGCAGUAAAGCAGUGCAUGCAAAUUCGAGCUAUGUUUUCUAAUGGAAAGCCGGCUCAACAAGCUGAGUCGUCAAACAGUCAGUUGGAAGCACCUCAGAUGCAGCAAAGGGAAAACUAUUAUCAAUUCAAUUGUCCACCAGCAACCUUACAACAGCAGCAGCAGCAGCAAUCUUUAAGGCAAACUGGAGCUUUGAACUUGCCAGAAAGCUCAGUGAAUUCACCGAAGGUCGAUGCUCCAUCAAUGGCAAAUGCCAUUCAGUAUGGUAAUACAAUGCGAACCGCGGCACAAAAGUGGGGAUCACAUGGAAAUAUGGUGCCAUCGCCUACUCAGAAGAGCUUCGAUCAGCGAUCACUUAGAAUGUUACUCCAUCCUCCAGAUAGCGGCACUGCUCAGCACAUGAACAUGGGCACUCCACACCAGCAGAUGAUCCCCUCGCCGAGGAAUGUUUACAGCUCGUUGGAUUACUCUGUUAACCCUAUGGCUCCGGCAAUGAUACCGGUCUCUCCGCAGAAUAAGCAACAGGAUCAUGCAAUGAAGAGGCAGAAAAUGAAACAACCAGCGCAGCAGUUGCCCCCUGAUAAAAAUAAGCAGCAGAUGUUGCAGAAAAGGAACGAAGAUACUAAUUUGAGACCUUGUGCAGAAGGAGUUAUCAUCGAAGCUUUCAAAAUCUGGAACUCCCCCGCUAUCUACCUCGCCGUCUGCAUUUCCAUCUCCCUUGACUCCUUCAUCGGCACCAGCAGAUUAUGUCAAGAGUCCACUGAACGUUGA